CCCCCACAUCCAUACCCACUGAGGAUGAGACUCCUGUGGAGAGCUUGUGCUGCAAACACUCCCCCAUUCUAUCUCCCACCAUAACCUCAACUUCCAUCCGACGGCUGAGCCUCGACCAUCAAAGGCCGGAAGGAAUUAUAUUAGCCAAUCCGCAUUCGUGUCCUAAGUAAUCCUCUCCCUCUGCUUCACGGUCACACCUCCUUUCCAAGCUCAGUCAGAUACAGGCUAGCUAUCGAUGGCUUCCCUGCCUAUUGCCUUCAGCCCUGCAGCGGGGAGAGUUUUUGCGGCCACAGCUGCCAAGGAAGCCGGCGGCAGCAAGGAGGAGAAAGGCCUUCUUGACUGGAUCCUAGGCGGGCUUCAGAAGGAGGAGCAGCUCCUCGAGACCGAUCCUAUCCUCAAGAAAGUGGACGAGAAGAACGGUGGCACCACCUCGGGCGGCCGGAAGAACUCUGUCACCGUCCCACAGAAGAAGAAGAAUGGCGUCUUCGGAGGUCUCUUUGCCAAGAAAGAGUAACCCGACUCGAGCUACAGAUAUAGUUUUUCCUGUCCAUUUGGUUUCAAGAAAAUUUGAUGAAUUUCCAUGUGCUGGGCUGUGGCUCCUGUCCUACCUUCCUUCAGAAGGGAAAAACAAAAAAUGUUAUUUGUUGCCUCUCCCUGGGGGUUCUGUUCAUGUACUUUGGGCAAUUUGACUUGACAAUUGCAUGGUAUUAGCAUUGAAUCGAAAUCAAACAACCAGCACUCUGUUUCUUAUA